AUCUCUAUAGUCUAAUUUAGUAUAUAAACAUUGUAUAUUUUGUAUUGCUUUUUCUUGUUUGUUGUUAGCUAUUGAAAUUUAAUGUAUUGAAAGAUAUUGUAUAUUAUUUAACUAGUAAAUUCAGAUAUAUGUAAUAUUUAUAUAUUAUGGAAAACGUAGAAAAGUAUAUACCGGUAUGCGAAUGCGAAGGGGAAGACUUUAUGGAGAUACCUUUGGAGAGUGAUGGUACACUAUCAACAGCAACAUUAAGUGCAUAUUUUCCUGGAGUUACUGGCUUAAAAUUUCGUGUUGAUUCAUAUUCACCCUACAGAGCACUGAGACUAUAUGAUGGGAAAUUUCAUGCACCAGAAGGUAGCUGGGCUGGACACAAGUUUUAUUGUGUACAUCCAAAAGGUGACAAAAGAAAACUAGAAGAGACUGACACUAAGCCGUCUAAAGGCUACCACAGUAUGAAUUGUACAGAUUUAAUUGUUUUGGGUUUACCUUAUCAGCUCUCAGAAAUCCAAAUGAGAGAUUAUUUUGAGCAAUUUGGAAAACUAGUCAUGGUUCAGAUUAAACGAGAUAUAUCAGGGAACUCCAAAGGUUUUGGUUUUAUACGUUAUGAAGAUUAUAGCUCGCAGGCAAAAGCCCUAGGGCAACGGCAUUAUGUAAAUAAUCGUUGGGUAGAAGUCAAAAUACCAGCUUCAAAAGAAGGCUAUUAUUCUAAGGUUCCUCAUAAAAUAUUUGUUGGUCGUCUCACUGAAGAUAUUAGUGAGCCUGAUCUUAGUAAAUACUUCUCACAAUAUGGUGAGAUUACAGAUGUAUUCAUUCCAAAACCAUUCAGAGCAUUUGGUUUUGUUACCUUCAAUGACGCCUCUGUAGCACAAAGUCUUUGUGAUGAAGAUCAUAUUGUUAAAGGAGUAUCUCUACAUAUAUCUGAAGCAAAUCCAAAGUCUGAUCAAAAUAGGGAUAAACAAGUUAGCAGCCAACAACAGUACAUGGGCAACCUACUGACUAACGGCAUGUUAGCAGCUGCUCUCAGCCAAGCCACAUACCAAACCCCUUCAAUUCCCUAUCAAAGUCAUCGGGCGUACGGAAAAGUACAUGACUGGAAACGCCGCAGUAAUUAGUAAUUAGAGCCAAUGCUAUAUAAGAUUAAAUUUAUAUAAAUUGUGAUGAAAAAUGAUCAACUUGGCAUUAGUGCCCUUCUCUUGUCUUUUCUCCCUAGUCAUACUUCUCAUCUGAUUCUCAUUUUUCAUAUUCUGAAUAUUUUGACAAAUAUCUAUAUACUUAUUCAUUUCACAAUCAAUUUAAGUAUUAUGUUAAGUAUUAUAAAUUUUAUAACUAAUCAAUUGUAAUGUAUAACUGUUGUGUUACAUGAGUGUUAUUACUGUAUAUAAAUACUGUGUAUUUUGAAAGUUUUACUUUUUAUUUAAUUUGCCAGGUAUGAUUUUAAUAAAUAAGUUUUACUUUGACUAUAGUGUUAUACAAAAUAAUAUACACCAUAUUGUUACUAUAUUAAAAUUAAGGAUAGGUAAAUUUAAUGUACAACUAAUAAUUGU